CAGCCCUAGCUAACUACGCUGCUGCUCUGUUAUACAGUGGUACGGUGGCCUGGAGUGAGCGGGCUGUGUGGAACGGGUAACCGGGCACCUCCUGGGCGCGCGCACACACAUAGAGUAGGAGUCGUGAAAAAGUUGUUUUUUUUAAUUUGGAGAAGAAACGUGGUAUGGAGAAUGGUAUUAAGGAAAACCAAGUGGGUCUGAACAAGAAUGGCGCACACACUGUACUGCCCUCUGCUGUGGUGUCAGAGGGGAAUAAAAAUCACAAAGGAGUUCUCAACUCCUUGAUGUCCGGAGCUCUGGCUGGAGCUGUGGCCAAGACAGCGGUUGCGCCACUGGAUAGAACCAAAAUCAUAUUCCAAGUGUCUUCAAACAGGUUUUCUGCUAAGGAAGCCUACAAAUUAAUCUACCGCACCUACCUUAACAAUGGAUUCUUAAGUCUAUGGAGAGGCAAUUCUGCCACUAUGGUGCGAGUCAUCCCUUAUGCUGCCAUACAGUUUUGUGCUCAUGAGCAAUACAAAAAGCUACUUGGCAGCUAUUAUGGCUUCCAAGGAAAUGCUUUGACUCCCAUUCCUCGCCUCCUUGCAGGAUCACUCGCAGGUACAACAGCUGCCAUGCUGACUUAUCCUCUGGAUCUUGUUCGUGCACGUAUGGCUGUAACACCAAAAGAGAUGUAUAGUAACAUCAUCCAUGUCUUCAUCCGUAUGUCCAGAGAAGAGGGUCUGAAGACACUGUAUCGAGGCUUCACUCCCACAAUUCUAGGAGUCAUUCCCUAUGCAGGAAUCAGUUUCUUCACCUAUGAGACACUAAAGAAAUUGCAUGCGGAGCACAGUGGCAGGACAGAACCAUACCCUUUUGAACGACUGCUGUUUGGGGCCUGUGCUGGACUCCUGGGUCAGUCAUCCUCUUACCCUCUGGAUGUGGUGAGGCGGCGCAUGCAGACUGCUGGGGUAACUGGACACACGUACAGCUCCAUACUUGGCACCAUGCGGGAAGUGGUGGCAGAAGAGGGUUUCAUUCGUGGAUUGUAUAAAGGGCUCAGUAUGAACUGGGUGAAGGGUCCAGUGGCAGUUGGCAUCAGCUUUACUACCUUUGAUCUAACACAGAUCCUUCUGAAGAAGCUCCAACGAGUUACCAACAUCCAGCGGUAGAAUGCAUGGUUACUUGAACCCUUGUGCUAUUUUAGGGAUGUGUUAAAACAACAAAUCCUCCUGGUCAUUGAGAAGGAACAAAGGUGGUUUUGCAUUGUUCUGUAAAAAAUUUGAUUGGUGCUAGUUUAGUUAGCCAAUAUAAAAUGGCUAUGACAUAAUGUGUUUAGUUACAAUUGCCAAAAAAGGUGAUAAAAUAUCCAGUGUUGGAAUAGGGGUCGGUGGUGGUACCUGAGCGGAAAACUUUCCCCAUCCUCCUUCAUACUGAGCUGCUAGUACCACACCAGGACUUCCUUUGUGAACCAGACCUGCCUCAUCAGAGACAUUUCAUGUUCCCUAUCUCUGUCUAAAAACCACCUUUUGCUUCUUGUACACUGGUGGUCCAAGUGUCCUACAGGAGGCUUAUCACAGUCCUAAGGGAGUGUACACACGGUGAGAUAUUUUCUUGAGAUUUUGACUAUAUAGUCAAAAUCUCAAGAAAAGUUAGUGCAGAUCGCAAGGUGAAAGUCACCUUGCGAUCCUGAUGCGCGGUCCCGCCAGGUCAGCAUCGCAAGAAAAGAUAGACUGUGCAGGCAAGUCAAUCCUUGCUAGAUCGGUGUACUAUCUAGUUCAUCUCACAUGUCAAUGACAUCUCACAUUAGCCAAAAUCUCACAUAAGCCAAAAUCGUAAGCACACAUAGUCCAUAUCUCAAGAAAAGUUAGUCAAAAUCUGUGCUAUCUGGGCUCCGGGGAGUUCAAGGGAAAUCGCAAGUAAAAAUCGGGCAUAGCAAGGAUCUCACCGUGUGUACACACCCUAACUUUCAAUUUUGCUUCUGCAAACAAAUAUUUAGAGGAUCAACUUAGGAUAGCACAAACCAAAUGAAAUGUCCUAAAGUUUAGGUCCGCUUUUGAAGCUAUUUUAUGCCAAUGAGUACAAAAAUACAAUCUUGCCCUUUUCAGCAGCAGAAUAACUUGAAGUGCCAUUAUUUGUGUCUAUGGAAACAUUUAUGAUUGCACAUAUUUGUGAGUUUUCUUCUUGUUUAUAAGUAUUAUGCUUGUGUGUAAUCAGCUUAUGUGUACAGGUAUACACAAACAUAUUUCUAUAUGUGCCUGUGUGUGCACACAGAUAAGAAUGCCAGUGUUAACAACCUCUAACUGAGUAACAAUUCCUAUUACUUACAAGGAAUGAAAUCAAGAAAAAUGCAAAAUAAAGUAUGUAUGUAUACAUAAAACUCCCCCGAACAAAGCACACUGACCUACGCUGUCACCAACAGGUAGUACGCAAUUUUGCACAAGACAUAAAACACCUUUGCUGCUGGAAGAGUUUUUUUUUUUUUUUUUUUAUAUAUAUAUAU